GGCAAGUUAAACACGUCUAAGGAGAAUAAUGGAGAUGUCAGUGUACAAUGAUAUCAUUGACUGUAUUCACGCGUUUAAUUCCCGCAAGUGUUUGCCUAAGUUAGUGGAGACUUAUCCAGGGAUUCCAGUGAACACUCUGGGGAGUAUUUUGUCACAAGAUUAUCAGAAAAAAAUGAAAAAAUGUCAUCACCAGAGAUACAGUACUUCAUCAGUAGAAAAAUAUUAUCAAAGAUACUUACAAGAUGUUUCAGCAGGAAAAGAAUGUGUGAUACUUUCUUUAGCAGAUGAGAUUGACCUCUCUCCUGCUCUCACAGCAAGGAUCAUCUUGGAGAAACAUUUAUCUGUGACUAAACAUGAUGGCCAGUCGGCGUCCAGAAGUCAAGUGACCCAGAUGAUGCGAGAUACGACUCUAAUAGAGGACCCAGUUUUGGCUGCAGAGGUACAUUAUUGUGUGUUGGACGAUGACCAUUACGGCCCCCUGGUGGACUGUAUAAAACAUUCAGUUGGCCAUGAAUAUGAGUUCAAACUGAAGCGGAAAUUGGAUUCUUUGGAUCUGGCUUACAUUGGUGAGGAGGAAAUGAGAGCCAGAGGUUAUGACAAGACCCCUGAUAUCAAAAUGGAAGUCCCCAUAGCUGUGAACGGCCAUGUUGUGAACUGGAUUGAGAGCAAAGCAUCAUUUGGAGAUGAACAUAGUCACAAGGGAUAUGAGAAGGAUCAGUUUUGGAGUUACUGGAACAGAUUCGGACCUGGAAUGGUAAUCUAUUGGUUUGGAUACAUUAAAGAGCUCGAUGUAAAUCGGGAAAAAGGUAUUAUGUUGAUGGACGAUUUCCCGGCGAACAUUGUCACCAUGGACCCGCUUCAGAGGUGACAGGCCACCAUGGAAGUAACACCAUGCACAUGACCACAUAUGGACGCAUUGCUGUUCACGCUAUUGGCCCAUUCCAGAAGUGAUUGACCACCAUGGAUGUGACACAAUAAACACGACAAUAUGAACAUAUUGCUGAAUUGAUACUAUGGACCAACUCCGAAAACGAUUGCCCACCAUGGAAGUGACACUAUGGUAAUGGCCACAUGGACGCAUUUGCUGAGUUGACACCGUGGAGUCGUGAACCCACCCAGUGCACAGCUGACAUAUAUUGCAAUUAUUUUUAUCACCAUUGAUGUAAACAUAUCCGAGCAAACAUGGUGAUGGUUCCCCAACGGAGUUGGCACGAAAGACUUUAAGCAGAAGUGGCAUGCCCAAUAGGGAGUGAGACUAUGGACUUCAAGCAGAUGUGACACUGUGGCACAAACACCAUUGAUGCAGACUGAACACCAAAGGUUGUGAUGUACUCCGGUUCCUCGUGCGUGUUCAAAGACAAGAAUCAGCAGUGAUGCUGAUGGUGUAUUGUGAUGCUGUGAUGAACGAAUACUCUGUAUCCAGUUGUUUUUAAUUAAGGUGAAGCCAGAGGUAAAAUAAGUGACAGACGAGCAGACUACCGAGUGAUAGGUAUCACUAACCUGGUAUAAACAAAGCUUGAUAGAUGUACUUUUGAAGUUGUAUGGAAAUAUCUUACGUUGGAGAUUUUAACAGGCCACGAAUUGCGCCCGCAAGAUCUGAACUGAUGUGUCAGGUAGUCUCGUCUGUAAGUCCUUUCAUUAUCAUUCGCCAUGAUUCUGAUAAUAUUUCCACUAUUAGUCGAAUCGUAUGUUCACAAUUGGUCAUGGGAGUGAAAUUGGUUUUUAUGUGAAUAAAAAAAGGAAAGAAAACAAAGCGAUGUUCAUAAACCAGAAUACUGAUAGAUAUGUUGCGCUCUGUUCUUCACAGCCAA